AUGGUGGUCUCUGUGCGUAAAACUCUCGACUUAGUACAAUCAUCCUUUAAACGGCUGUGUGCGUUCAGGAAGCUGUUCGAUUCCAUCUUCGGCAACAGAGAAAUGCGCGUUGUCAUGCUAGGGUUGGAUGCAGCAGGCAAGACGACCAUCCUCUACAAGCUCCAUAUCGGCGAGAUUCUCUCCACUGUCCCCACCAUCGGGUUCAACGUGGAGAAGGUGCAGUACAAGAACGUGCAGUUCACGGUGUGGGACGUGGGAGGCCAGGAGAAGCUGCGCCCCCUGUGGCGCCACUACUUCAACAACACCGACGCCCUGAUCUAUGUGGUGGACUCUCUUGAUAAAGAGCGAGUGAAACAAGCAGCUCGUGAAUUCCAGACGAUAGUGAGCGAUCCCCUCAUGCGUAACAGCGCCAUCCUUGUCUUCGCCAACAAGCAAGACCUGAAAGGCGCGUUGUCGCCAUUGGAGGUGUGUGAGACGAUGGGGCUGCAACAGCUGCGGAACCGUUACUGGCACAUUCAGGGCACAUGUGCUCCCAAGGGCGAGGGUCUCUAUGAGGGGCUGGACUGGCUUUCAAACACUCUCAAGACCAUGCAGGCCAAGGGUCUGCCCACCUCUGUCACAUCUGCUGGGGCUCCAUAA